AAUGAAGCGUGGCUAAUUAACUUUCCUAGAGAAAUAGAGUGAAACGUUCUGCGAGACACGUCUCCUCGCGCAUACGAUUAUAAUCUAUAAUUGACGCCUUUCUACGGCGGAAUAUUCCUUUAAUAUUUCUUCGUCCUUGUUACGUGUCCCAAGAUCAAAGUAUCGUAUGUAUUUCGACAAACGAAUAUUAUCUUGACCGCGAAGAAACGGUAACGCUGGUGUUUAUAAUCUUUGCUUCGUUAAUCGUACACCGUACUACUGUCAGACGAAUAGUUUCCAUCGAGUCGGGAAAAGUUGUCAUCGAGAGAAAUUCAGUUUCUCAUUCUUCUCGACCGAUACUCGACGACGCGAACUUUGUGUAUUUUUCAUUUAUUUUAUUCGAGGUUCUAUUCGAUCGCUUGCAUAUGUGUAAAAGUGGCCAACAUAUAUUCGAUUAUUGUACAUUAAAUUACGUUGUACGCAAUACAUGGAUUUCGCUUUAAUACGAAUAUGCGCAUACCCUUUUCGUUCUAGGAAACUUAUAGGAAUGUCCUUCUUUGGCUGGAAAGGGAACAGUUGUUCCGACAGUACUGAACAUACAGGACGUAAUUUACAGGAUGGCCUUUUUCAAAUCGCUUCUCAAGCUUGUCACAUCUUGGUACAAGUGAAUAAUACACACAACGUUUCGUACGGCGGCAACAACGACGUGAGGAACAUCGCAUACUCGAAAUGUUCGAUGAAAGACGAGGAUCCGAUUAAUCCGACAAAUUCGAGCGUGAGCCAAGGGACCGCUUCCACGCUGAAAUCCUAUACAAAAUACACGAAGGAAGCGGCGAAAGAUCAAGACGUGGUCGUUCUGUUGCCACAUCGAAGGAAUAGGACGCCUCUCGUGAAACAGAAACUGUCUACAGUUUCUGAAAACGCACGGCUGGAAAGAAAUUCUGGUUGCAAUACUGGCAGCGGUGCCGCUGCUACCCACACCAACAACCUUCCCGAUGACGAUUUCGACUUAUGGGAUCAAUCUGGCUUUAUGCUGCGAAACGACGCUGACGAUUCCGUAGCGAACGGCAAAUGGGGAGGAGCGCAAGGAUGGUGCAGACCGAGUUGCAUUCCAAUCACUGUCAUCUUAAUUUUGAUAGUGUUGGUCGUUUUGUUGCCAUUGUUGGAUCAUGCGGCGGACAAGUACGGCUCGAACAGCACUAGUUUCGGUUUCAAUUCGAGUUGCAUGGACGGCUGCGAUAUAUCGUUCGUGGAAAGUUUACCGGUUGGGAUGAAUUACACCGACGACGAUCCGUCUCUUCGGAGCACGUACGAUGCUUGGCUGAAGUUGAUUUUAUUGGCGCGAGAAAAGAUCGAAAUAGCUUCGUUCUAUUGGACUUUGAGGAGAGAAGAUGUAUAUCCGGACGAUACUGCAAAGCAGGGUGAAGAGAUAUUUCGCAUGCUCCUCGAAGCGGGCAAGGAUCGCAAUAUUCUGUUGCGUAUAGCGCAAAACAUGCCGUCCCACGUUAGCCGAAACAUCGAUACGGAAAUCUUAAUGAAAAAGGCGAACGCCAAGGUGAAGAGUUUAAACUUUGCGGCAUUGUUGGGCGCAGGUGUGUUACACACGAAAUUAUGGCUCGUCGAUAGAACGCACGUGUACGUUGGUUCGGCGAACAUGGACUGGCGGUCACUGACACAAGUGAAAGAACUCGGCCUGGUUGCUUUGAAUUGCAGUUGUUUGGCAAACGACUACGCCAAGAUUUUCGACGUUUAUUGGACGGUAGCGGAAGACGGUAGAAUACCGUCCAUCUGGCCCGACUCGUUUAGCACGAGCAUCAAUUUGAAUAAUCCAAUCAACUUUACGUCGAGGAACAACAAGUAUCGAACGUUCGUCGCGAGUUCACCUCCACCUUUCUCGCCAAAGGGUAGAACGGACGAUAUUAAUGCUAUUCUGUAUUGCAUAGAGAAGGCGGAGAAAUUUAUUUAUAUCGCGGUAAUGGACUACUUUCCUUUGACGAUAUAUACCGCUAAAAUCACGUAUUGGCCGGUAAUAGACGACGCUUUGCGAACUGCAGCCAUCGAACGGAAAAUUCAAGUACGUCUAUUGAUCUCCUCCUGGAAGCAUUCGAGCAAAUCCGAGACUCCUUUCCUGAAAUCACUGGUCGAGCUGACUGGCAGUUACCCAGGCGUCAAGAUCGAAGUGAGGUUCGUAGUCCCCACUAAUCCCGAUUUCGAUAAAAUUCCAUUCGCGAGAGUGAAUCACAACAAAUACAUGGUAACAGAUACUGCCGCGUACAUAGGAACUAGCAAUUGGUCCGGUGAUUACUUUACAAACACUGCAGGUAAUUAUCCCAUUUGUCGCGUCCCAGUAGCGUUUCCAGAUGACUUUGCGAUGUCUAGACGCGCAGAAUUCCGUCCAUGUCAUGUUACAGGUGUCGGGACGGUAUUUGAAAGUAUCGGCGAUGAAACGUCGGAUAAUCUCAGGCAACAAUUGGAGAAGAUUUUUCAUCGCGACUGGUACUCGGAGUAUACUUGCGCCUUAAAUAAAAGCUUACCAAACGAGAGACAAUCGACGAAUACCAUUCGAGAUGAUUACUUCUCGCGAUCAUCGAGCUAUAUAGUAGCGCGACAACGAUGACUCGGUUAAGAAGAAUUCGACCAAUCGCAAAAACGAAAAUCAUUUCUGACUGGUUAGCAUCUCGACUCGGAGUUUUUAAAUGUCACGUCUCUCGUCAUUCGCAAACUCGAAUUUUUUUUCCUCUUCUACGAAACACUUGGUUACGGUUGUCCGAACUCUGCAAAUAUCGCCUUCGAGCCGACGUUUUAUUUGUUCCGCGUGCGUUCCAC